CUGUAAUGAAUAUUAUAAUACAGAUUUGUUUGUCUCGUUGUGUAGUAGCACAUGUUGGGCAUCUGAUUGCAGUAUCAUCUUAAUCAUCAGUCGCUUUAAAUAGCUGUAUCAGCCUUCAAAUGCGAUUAACUUCUUCAUUUGUGCGCCGUCAUUUUGGCUCGAUCAUCGGCUUUCACAAAUCCUCCAACACGGUGCACAAUGAAAACCUGUACACAGCCAUGCAUGGGCUGAACUCAUUACUGGAGCAAGAUUGAGCUCAACCAAGACUGAUGCUUCAAUAAUAGACCCAAGAUAUAACUGCUAUUCCAUCCAAGUAAAAGACCGUACAAGAAGAUACAAGACCCCCGUGGCCGCAGUCUGACUGAUUCUACCAAGUGAAGACAUCGAGACGGUGAGCGAGUUUCGUCCAGCAACGUUCGCAAAAAGUGGGACAACUGCAUCUUCAUUCACAGGUGGUUGAUUCGGCAUAAGUUCGUCCGACUAACUUUCUUCUUCAUAAAACCACGGCUACAUUACUUUCAAAAGGACGUGGGUGGAAGGAUCAUGCAGCUAUGAAAAGUGUAGAAGACACCGUGAUGGAACUAUGCUGAGACACAAACCUCUCCCACCGAUCCACCCUGCGAUGUCAUCCUACAAAGCACCGGUCAAGUCAUCCGUCUCAUUCGCAGAUUUAGACACUACAUCGCUCCAGCUUGACAGCAGGCACAACCCGGGCCAAGCCCAAGCAAGCAGCGGGACAGUGAGUACCCAGCGCGGGCUUGACGUGUCGAGAGCUCCGAUGAACCGGCCGGUGUUUCACGCUCGCCGGAGUACCGUGGUGGGGUCUACCAACAAACCGGAGGAUGGCGUGGCAGCGCUAUCGGCUGCGUUAUCCGUCCGCUAUCCACUGCUUCAGGACACAUCCACUAACGACUUCAAACGAUCCAGAUCCAUGUAUACGACAAACGCAACGCUUAUGGAGCGUAAGAAACCAAGUGACCUCAAGACAGACAGGUUUGAUAAUCACAAACGACACUCCAACCGAAGGAAAAAAGACCAAGUUUUACUGACUAGAGGAAGUCACCACUCCUUUCCUCCAGGGAAAGUCAUCAAGAGAAACGAUGACAACAGCAUCAUACCUCAGAUGUUCCCCAAGGUACGGCGAGUGGACCGAGGCGGACCCUGCCCCACUCAGCUCUACAACCAGACGAAACUCUCGUACUCGGAGAAGAGCAACGGCUCAAUUCAGCUGGACCACUACGUCAGGAGGAACUCCCGCCCUCGGAUGGAGCCGCUACGGGUUCCCUCGACAUCCACAGCAACCUCUAGCGAAGAAACCUUGAACUCUGUCAUCUCUUCAAGUAAGAUGACGCUGGAGGGUCGUGACUGGCCAGGCAGGGGAUUCUCGCCUUUCUUUAGACCCUACAGUUAUCUUGACGAGGACUUGUCUGUGCCACCAAACUCGGAGAUCGGACCUUCCAGAGCGCAGAUGUCGACUACUCCGUACGAACAUUGACCACCUUGACAAAAUACAACAUUGCUUAUCCAUAAGAAAGCAGUCAACUCUUUCAAUAUUGGUGGACAAGGCGAAACAGAAAACGAGUACAAAUUGUAUGACAACAUUGAGAAUAAAAGAUGACUUCCUUUGA